AUGUCCGCCUACGGCACGCCCGCGGGCGACACCGGGUUCCGCAAGACGCGGGACCUGGACGAGUACGCCCAGCGCGCCAAGGAGCGCGAGCAGGCGGAGCGCGAGGAGGCCAAGGCGCGGUACGAGGCCAAGCUGGCCGGCAAGAAGUACUACAAGCCGCUCGACGGCACCGAGUCGCUGACGUCGGCGCGCGCCGCGACGCUCGACCUCUCGGCGCAGGUCGGCAAGGUGCAGCUCGUGCCCGCGGGCGCGGGCGUGGGCAAGCGCGGGCGCGGCGCGGGCUUCUACUGCGAGGCCUGCGACCUGACCUUCAAGGACAACCUGCAGUGGGUCGAGCACCAGAACAGCAUGCAGCACCUGCGCGCCGUGGGCCAGACGGGCGAGGUGCGCCGCGCCACGCUCGCCGAGGUCGAGGCGCGCAUCGACGCGGCGUGGGAGCGCGUGCGGGCCGCGCGCGAGGACAGGACGGUCGACCUCGCCGAGCGGCUGCGGAUCCGGGCCCAGGAGGAGGACAAGGAGCGCGAGGCGCGCAGGGAGAAGAGGCGGGAGCUGGCGGAGCGCAAGCGCGCCGAGAAGGAGAAGGCGGCCAAGGUGGACUACGGCGAGGACGUGAGGAUAGAGGGCGAGCACGACGAGGACGACAUGAUGGCCAUGAUGGGCAUCAGCGGGUUUGGCUCGACGAAGAAGAAAUGA